UAUUCGAUUCCGAUUAAUCGAAACGAACUUGAAUCGUUUUUAGUUCUCUUUUUAUCGAUUGAAUGAACGGGUUUCAUUAUAACGGGAUUAUUUUUAAAUUUCCCGCUCGAUACGGCGCUGACAACCUAAAGAAAAAGAUUAAAGAUGGUGCCCAAACCCACUUGAUGCUAUAAUCAAAUCGAAAGAUUUUAAUUCUUAACCAACUAAAAGUAUCAAAUACCACCAAAUGUGAUAAAAUCCGUCUUAAAUAGCUCAUUAAUUAGAUAACGGGGAAGAGGAUGUGCAUAUUUGCGUGGUUUUUGUGACCCCAUGAGGAAUAUAUGGAUAGAAAAUAGUAAACAUAGGACCAGGAAUCGCAGAAUGUGAAAAGAAACUCGGUUAUGCCAUGAUCGAAAGUGUGUCUCGUAGGGCGCUUUCAGGGUCUAGUGGAACUUACCACGUGCAAGCUUUAGAACUGGCAGCCGCUAGGGAUCGAAAACAGGACGGUUUCGGCGUCGUAGUCCAUUUUUUAGACGACACGGAGCAUUGUUUUAACGUCAGCAAACGUUCGAAGGGUUCCGCUUUACUAGACCAAGUUUAUCAACAUCUCGAAUUAAUCGAAAAAGAUUAUUUCGGAUUAAAUUAUUACGAAAAUGGGGGUUCUAGCAAUAAUAAACCCGAAUAUGCUAAAUGGUUAGAUCCGUCCAAAUCAGUUAAAAAACAGCUUGGAAAUAACCAAACUCAUCUAUUUUUUCGAGUGAAAUUUUAUGUAUCCGAUCCGAGUAAAUUACAAGAAGAAUAUACGAGGUAUCAAUUUUAUCUUCAAAUACGAAGGGAUAUUUUGGAGGGGCGUCUUCAAUUACCGCCGAGUACUGCCAUUUUAUUAGCUAGUUAUAUUGUACAAUCUGAAUUAGGUGAUUAUCAACCUGACGAGCAUGGCCCCAAUUACUUGUCUAAUAUGCAAUUGGCGCCCAAUCAAACGGAAGAGAUGGAACGGAGAAUAUCGGAGCUACAUAAACUGUUAAAGGGUCAAUUACCGGCUGAUGCGGAGUUUAAUUUCUUGGAUCAUGCGAAACGAUUAGAGAUGUAUGGAGUUGAAUUAUACAAAGCGAAAGAUAAUAGCAGUAAAGAUAUUCAAUUGGGGGUAACAUCGCUUGGAUUAGUUGUUUUUCAAAAUAAUGUACGAAUCAACACCUUCUCUUGGUCCAAAAUCAUGAAAAUAUCCUUUAAAAGGAAACAAUUUUUCAUACAACUUUUACGAGAACUCUCCGAAAAUUACGACACCCUCCUCGGGUUUAACAUGGAGACUUAUCGGGCUUCGAAAACUUUAUGGAAAUCAUGCGUAGAGCACCACACCUUUUUUAGGUUACAUUCUCCUAAAGUUCGGAGAAGAUUUCCGUUCUCUCUUGGCUCUAAAUUCACUUACUCUGGAAGAACUGAGUUUCAAACCGUCGAAGAUGUUAAGCAGCGGGGAAAACUGGAAAGGAAAUUUGUUCGAUCCCCCAGCAAAAUUUUAAUUAAAUCACCCCCACCUCCGAUAUUAGAAGAAAAGGGGAAAAUAGUUCCAGCUCCGGCGCGACCACCACGACUUUAUAACGAUAAAAUCACCUCAACGGGGCCGAAAGAACCUAGAAAAGCUUGGGAGGAUGAAUCUUUAAUCACUGAUGAGAAUGGUACAACACCUUUUACACCCGGGUUAGCAGCGAAAGUUUUGAGUUACGUUGAUGAGGAGCCCCCUUCUCCCACCCAAAACGGCCUUUACGACACCCCUCCGUACAGUGCAAGUCACUCACCCACUUUACGACCUGAAGAUGAUGAUGGCUUAGUUAACGUGGUGUUGUACCCCGAUUCAGAUGGAAAAUAUGGGUUUAACGUUAAAGGCGGCGCUACGAAAGACGUCCCAAUUUUAAUAUCAAGAGUUGGUCUAAAUACCCCAGCCGAUAGAUGUAAUCCCCGAUUAAACGAAGGGGAUCAACUCCUACAAAUAAAUGGGCAAGAUGUUUCGAAUGCUUUACACAGUGUGGUCGUUCAAUUAAUUCAUGAAGCUAGAAAUACUGAUUCCGGGAAGUUAGUUUUGACGUUAAAACCGAACGUUCUUUAUAAUCGCGAUGAUUACGAUGAGAGUUUGCAAUAUUACAUGCCAAUUGGGGACAUUUUAUCUGGCGAAAACGUUAUUUUAACACCGUUAGAACAAAGCAUGGUUGAGUUAUCCGAGGGGUUAAUCACCGGAAGUUUAUUAAUGGAAUACGAGAUUUUAUACAGGAAGCACCCGGAUAUGACGUGUGAUGAAGCAGAAAAGGCUAAUAAUAUCACAAAAAAUCGAUAUCGAGACAUAUCACCUUACGAUGCAACGAGAGUUAUAUUAAAAAAUACGACUGAAAAUGAUUAUAUUAAUGCGAAUUACGUUAAUAUGAAGAUAAAUGGGACUGAAAUUAUUAAUAAAUACAUUGCGACUCAAGGUCCGCUUCAAUCAACAACGGAAGAUUUCUGGAACAUGAUUUACGAGCAAGAUUGCAAUUUAAUCGUAAUGUUAACGACAUUAACAGAAAGGGGGCGUCCUAAGUGCCACAAAUAUUGGCCUUGUACUGGGGAAAGUAUCGGGUUUGAGAAUAUCUCGAUUAAAUGUCUUCAUGAACAAGAAGAUUCAAGCGGAAGUUUUAUUUUUAGAGAUUUUAUUUUAACAGAAAAUAUAAGUAAAUCGGAGAGGCAAAUUCGUCACAUGCAAUAUGUAGCUUGGCCAGAUCAUGGAGUCCCAGAUUCUCCGAUUCAAUUCCUCGAUUUUACAAACCGCGUGCGAGACGUGCGAAAAAUUAGCCCCGAAUCGGUGAUUGUCGUGCAUUGUAGCGCGGGAAUUGGACGAACGGGGGUUUUGGUUUUGAUGGAGACCGCUUUGUGUUUGAUGGAAGCGAGCCAGCCGGUUUUUCCUUUCGAAAUUGUUCGGACAAUGCGACAGCAACGUGCCAUGAUGAUACAAAAUGCUAGUCAAUAUAAAUUUGUGUGCGAAAGUGUACGGAUGGCUUUUAAUCAAAGGGGCUCGGAGGAGACGAAAUAAUUUUUUAUUGGCCUUAAAUACGCCUUAAAAGAAGUUAAAGAAGCAGCUAAACGGUGGCUUAAGAAGUAUAAAUCCAGUAAUCCUGAUUAAAAUGAUAAUACUCAGAUUAAUUAUUUUUUUUUUUUUGCAAAAUUAAUAUUAGAUAGCUACAUUUUA